AUGCCUCCGCGUGGAUUCACUAAUCCUGCUCCUAAGACCGAGUCCGCGCGAUCCGCCCUCAGCUCCUUCACAUGUAAUUUGUGCAAUAAAUCCUAUUCACGACACCCUGAAUAUGAAGCGCACAUUGGAUCUUAUGAUCAUCAGCACCGCAAGAGACUCCAAGAUCUGAAGCAGCUGUCGCGCGAUCCCAAUGCUGCAGAGAAGGCACGACGCGCAGAGCGCAAAGCGGAUGCCGAAGCCGGGCUACGAGUCAUCGAUGCACCUAUCGCCAGUACCAGUUCCAGUGGGACAACCGGUGGAGGUGGAGGUUUCAAGAAAGGUGGUUUCAAGAGCUCUUUCGCCGCAGUCAAGGGCUCUGCGGCACCCGUGUUGAAGAAUGUCCUGGGUAAUGAUGAUGAAGAUGAAGCCCAACCAACCCAUAAGAAUGGGCAGGGAUCGGCAGCUUCCAAGUCGCUCACGAAUGACAUACAGGAUGCAGAAAGUGAUACGGAUGAGGAAUACGGACGAGAUAAGCAAGGAUAUUAUAACCCUCGUCAUCCUACUGACUGCCUUCCUGGAUGUGCGGGGCUCCGGUGA